GUGGUGGUCGAUGUCUUUUACUGAUGAAAUAUUGAAGGUAAAUUGAGGGGACAUUGGACAAGUAUUUUAAGAAUGUUUAUACAGAAGGCACUUUUGGUCAUAUGCUGCCAUAUGGCAGCAGUAAGUGCCAAUGAACCACCUAGCUUUGAGGCCAACAUGGAUUACCAUGUGAUUUCGGAAAACACUCCUAUCGGAAAGGAAGUCUACACCCUAAAAGGAGUGGACCCAGAGGGCUCACCCCUUCUGUACGGCCUGGAGGGCACCGACGUACUCCAGGUCAACCCGCGCUCCGGCGUGGUGUCGGUGCAGAAACGAAUCGACCACGAGACGACCACCCAGCUGAAGCUCCAGGUGACCCUGGAGGACCGUGUGGAGGGCGGUGACAACAACAAGGUCUCCGUGCCCAUCACCGUCAUCGUUGUCGACGAAAACGACAACGAGCCCGUGUUUAAAAAGGCACUGUACGAGGCCGAACUACGCGAGGAUGCUCCGGUCGGGAGCACGGUCAUCAAGAAGAUCGAGGUCACUGACCCUGACCUGGUCGGAGAGAACCUGAACGUCACCUGCGACCCGAAAAGCUCGUCGGAGGGCGCCUGUGAGCUGCUGACAGUGAUGGCCCUGGAGAGUACCUCUCAGCUGUACGUGGGCUCGCUGGUGCUACAACGGCCGCUGGUACUCUCACCGACCGGAGACCCCAGGAUCAGUGUGGCGCUGCUCGCGUCGGACGGCCGUUUCACCGCCGCCGGCCGUGCUCUGAUCGGCGUUCAGGACGUGCAGAACUCGCCACCGUCGUUCUCGGGUAGUCGUACGGCCGUUGUGGACGAGGGAGCCGCCAUCGGUACGGUCGUACUGACCGUGGCGGCGGCGGAUGGAGACAGCGGGGCGGCACGACCUGUCGUCUUCGAGAUGGUGGAAAACCCUGGCGAGUUUUUCUCGCUGGACGAGGAGACGGGCGUGCUGAGCACGGCCAAAAAACUGGACCGAGAGUCGGAUCUGGUGCGCGGCGGCGCCAUUCAUCUCACAGUCAAG